UCCGCAUAGAAAUACUAAUGAAGUCCACAAGCUCUUUUUUGAAGCAAUAUUCUAUCUUGUACAGACUGGAUAGAACUGCGAUGCUUAUUGACAAGAGUCAAGAAUCAAAAGCAAGAGCCUUUGAACUUGAUGGUGGACUUAGGACCACAUGUCGACUAAAGAUUGUGCCAAACAAGAACAUCGACUAAAGUAAACAGCUGUUUACACUAAAUUUUGACAACAAAAAAUGUCAAUCAACCUUUGUCAUCCAACAAAGGUCACCUUGGGCAAGAACAAGAUUUAAAUUUUUUCAAUCUGGAUGAGAAGCGUGAUUACAUAAUAUUGAAAAACUAAAAACAAUCUAAAUUAGCUAUUUAUUAUUGAGGACUACAAUAUUUUGAUUACCACGAUGGACGGGUCAGCUACUCAGAAAUUUAUUGGCCGCGGCUCUCAUAAAGGCAAGGGGCUUGCUGUGUUUACUAGCGGUGGAGAUUCUCAGGGAAUGAAUGCCGCUGUGCGAUCAGUCGUGCGUAUGGGCAUAUACUUAGGGUGUAAAGUAUAUUUUAUUCGUGAAGGAUACCAGGGCAUGGUAGAUGGAGGUGAUAACAUUGAAGAAGCGAACUGGUCUUCUGUUAGCUCUAUAAUUCACAAAGGAGGCACUAUAAUUGGAUCAGCUAGGUGCAUGGAGUUCAUUAAAAAAGAAGGUCGUCUCAAAGCCGCAUAUAACUUAGUGAGCCGUGGUAUAACCAAUCUUGUGGUUAUUGGUGGUGAUGGUUCGCUGACUGGUGCCAAUUUGUUCCGACAAGAAUGGUCUAGCCUUCUUGAUGAAUUGCUGGAGAACAACAAAAUUACUAAAGAUCAAAGGGAAAAAUAUAAAUUUUUGCACAUAGCUGGAAUGGUUGGUUCAAUUGACAAUGAUUUUUGUGGUACAGACAUGACAAUAGGUACUGAUUCAGCCUUGCAUAGAAUCAUUGAAGCUAUUGAUGCAAUUGUAAGCACUGCUUAUUCACAUCAAAGAACAUUUAUUAUGGAGGUCAUGGGUCGCAACUGUGGAUAUCUUGCUGUGGUUACAGCCUUGGCAUCUGAAGCGGAUUUUGUUUUCAUUCCGGAAGCACCACCUUCAGUUGACUGGAAAGAUAAACUUUGUGAUAAGCUUGAACAGGCAAGGCCAAAAAUAAUUUCUUAUUUGGCCCUUGUCGCUGCUCUGGCGAGCGAGGCAGACCAAGUAUUUAUACCUGAAGACCCUGUUCCCAAUAAUUGGGUUGAAAAACUUUGCAAAAGAUUGCAACAGGAGAGGCGUUCUGGUCAACGUUUGAAUAUUAUCAUUGUGGCCGAGGGUGCGAUCGACCGCGAAGGUAAGCCUAUCACCGCCGAGUUGGUGAAGAAGGUGGUGGUUGAUAACCUGCAGCAGGAUACCCGUAUUACCGUGUUGGGUCACGUCCAACGAGGAGGAUCUCCCUCCGCCUUCGACAGAAUUUUGGGAUGUCGUAUGGGAGCAGAGGCGGUUAUGGCUUUAAUGGAGGCCACCCCGGAAACCGAACCGUGUGUUGUUUCGCUCGACGGUAACCAAGCUGUUCGUUUGCCGUUAAUGGAAUGCGUUCGACGAACGAAAGCUGUCUCACAGGCAAUGGCUGAUAAAAAUUGGGACCUAGCUGUACAGCUCCGCGGUCGUAGUUUUGCACGUAAUUUGGAGACAUAUAAGAUGUUGACCCGUUUGAAGCCACCAAAGGGAGCGUUUGAUGAAUCCGGAAAACCUUCUGAAGGUUUGACGCUGGCCGUGAUGCAUGUGGGCGCGCCGGCGUGCGGCAUGAAUGCGGCCGUACGUUCGUUUGUACGGAAUUGUAUUUACCGAGGCGAUACCGUCCUUGGCAUUCACGACGGCAUUGAAGGUUUCAUUAACGGGAACAUCGUCCAAAUGGAAUGGUCGGAUGUAACGGGUUGGGUUGCUCAAGGAGGCGCUUUUCUUGGUACAAAGAGGACUUUGCCCGGCAAUAGGAAGAGUGACAUCGCUGCGCGGAUAAAGCAGUUCAAUAUUCAAGGCUUACUCAUCAUCGGUGGUUUUGAGGCCUACCAAGCUAGUUUGGAACUAUACGAAUCUCGCGCUGAAUUCCCGGAGUUCUGCAUUCCUCUGGUCGUCAUCCCGUCCACGAUAAGUAACAACGUGCCCGGGACGGAUUUCUCUCUGGGAGCCGACACUGCGCUCAAUGAAAUAACUGAGAUCUGCGAUCGCAUUCGUCAGUCGGCACAGGGUACCAAGCGUCGUGUGUUCGUCAUCGAAACCAUGGGCGGUUACUGCGGUUACCUCGCUACCUUGGCUGGUUUGGCCGGCGGUGCUGAUGCCGCAUACAUUUACGAGGAGAAGUUCUCCAUCAAGGAUCUGCAACAGGACGUUUAUCACAUGGCGUCUAAAAUGACCGGCGGCAUUCAGCGCGGCCUCAUCCUGCGCAAUGAGAAAGCGAACGAUAACUACAACACGGAGUUCAUUUACCGACUGUACUCUGAAGAGGGCAAAGGACUGUUUACAGCUCGCAUGAAUGUGCUCGGUCACAUGCAACAGGGCGGCUCUCCGACGCCAUUUGAUCGUAACAUGGGUACUAAGAUGGCGGCCAAAUGUCUUCAUUGGCUCGUUGAGAAAAUUCAGGAAGGUCCCUCGAACUCUGCCGACUCUGCUUGUUUACUUGGUGUUGUUAAACGCCAGUACAAAUUCACUCCACUCGAAGAACUCAAAACUCAAACUAAUUUUGCUCAAAGAAUAGCAAAACAGCAAUGGUGGAUGAAACUGCGUCCAUUGCUUCGUAUCCUGGCGAAGCACGAUUCUACAUACGAAGAAGAAGGAAUGUAUAUGACAGUUGAACAAGGAGAAAUCGACUCUGAGAACGUUAUUUAAACAGCAUUUCGGUGCUUAAAUUUGAGAUUAUUUAUAAAUAUAUAUUAAAUGUGAUAUUACGCAUCACAGGUACGAAUAAGUAGAUUGAUGAAAUUCUUAUCGAAUAAUGUUAUAUUCUAUAACGUGCGACAUUAUAUUUCUUAUAUCCCUCAAAUAAAUCAUGCUACUUAUAUUUUUGUUAAUAUUGUGUACAUACGCAAGUAUUUAUGGUUUGUAAUAAUCUAUGUACUCUACUUGGUAGCUUGUACAUCAUGUCGUAUCGUAAUCAUAUACAUUAUAAUUUCAUAUAAAAUAUAUAGCAAAAAUAAGGUGGAUUUAUGUUGAGGAAAUGUAUGGCAAAUCGUUUAGCGAGUCGAUUUUCUUAGAACGUUUGAAAUUAAUUUAUCAUAAAGAUUGCAUUUGUAUAUAUAUUUUUUUGUAUCAUGAAUUUAGGCUUUAAACAAAAAGAAAGAUAACGUCGACUCUAAAGUAUUAAAAAAGUAAAAUUAUAAUCCUAAGUAUGAUAUUAACAUGGACACAAAUAGGUAAACAAAAGACAAUGUUUCGAAAAAUAAAUUAAUGUUUAAUAGAUGAUUUAAGUUAUGUAUACAUAUUUUAUUUAAUUUUAUUUAAGGUAUUGUUUAUUUAAAGCGUAUGAUGCUUUUCAGAUGAAACAAUUGUAAUUGUUAGUUUUUAAAUUGAAUUCGUAGGAACUAGUUUUUAUAGUUAAAAUUGUAGCUUUAAAAUGUUGAAAAGAUGACAAACUAUUUUUUGGCUUUGAUCGUUCUUUUUGGUAUGAAGAUUAACGAAAUCAUUUUGCUGACGAGGAUGUCAAAGACAGAGCGAAGUGGAAGAGUAAAGUAAGGAAAGCUGACCCCAUCACCAUGUGAGACAAAUAGCUAGGAAGAGAGAGAGAGAGAGAGAGAUUAACGCAAUCAUUUUUAACAACUAUUAUACGAAAUCAUGAUUAUAAUAUUGUACUACGGAGUUCCUUAACUUGCUUGAAACUUAUUUUAGAAAAUCCUUUAUUGAACGAUUUUUUUUAUUAAAUGAUAAUGAUUAA